UUUAGCGACUGUUUUUUUUAUAGAGUGAAUUAUGCGGAGCUUGUUGAUUUUGUUCCUCUUAUUGGUGAACUUCUUCUUGAAGACUUCAAAAUGUCAAAACCCGAUGAUCACUUGCAUGAGAAUAUUAAGAACGUGCUUCAUGCCUUUCGUGAUGAUGCUAACUUUAUGAUUGUAUGCCUGGUACAGUGGGUAUGCUCACAGCCAGUUACCGCUGCACGGCAAAAUCUCGUAAAAUCGUUCAUUCAGGCUCUUGAGUAUCCCCAUCAGCUUAAUCCCACACAACAGGAACGAAUGGUGUUAACAUCUGCUACAUGCCGUCGUACUUUGGACGAUUUGUCAAUCUGUGAUCGAUUGCGUGAGCCGAGAUUUACAUGGAUCAUUAAUUGUGCAAAACGAAAACUUCCCAUUGUGCCAUUUACGUUGCCGGCAAGUGCACAGUCAUCGGAUGCAGAAAUGCUGAAACAAGCAUUCACCUAUGCUCGACAACAGGCCUGGGGUUCACCAAAUGUUCUACAGCUUGUCGAUCGAUGCAACAAGGCUGGAGUGGUCGAGAAUUGGUGCAUGGUAAGGCAUUUUGCCUUAGGUUGA